CCGCUGCAGGCGCUGGUGGCGCGCGCGCUUACCGACUCGCCGGCGGCUGAGACGCUGCUCUCGCUGGUGGUGCACGGUGAAGCUCGUAUCGUCAUGCUGCUAGAGGAGCAGACCCACUGGGACACGGGAGCAGGUCUGGAGUUUAUCCGUCUCAUCCAUGUGGCGCUGUCCGUGCUUAACAGACUGCUGAUGCUUCGUUGCCGCGCGUCGUCGGUCGGCCCGGAGCCGAGUCUGCUGGAGCGUCUGCUGACCGAGCAGCCGGCCGGCCGCAGUCAGCUGCGGCCCGUGCUGGCCAUCGCCCAGUACCUGUUCCACCGGCACAAUCCGCACCUGCCGACGCUGGCCAUCCGGCUCCUGCUGCGACUGGCCAAGGUGUUCCCGAUGUCGCUGCUGGCCUCGUUCGGCCAGGACUCGGACGUCAUCUGCGGCGUCAUCCUGACGCGACUCCGCUCCGAAACGGAGGACGUCAACCUGAAGGUGGCCAUCCUCGACUUCAUAGCCACCUGCGUGACGUCACAGCCGGGCCUGCUGCAGCGGCUCAUUGGAAUUGGUGCCAUUGAAACUGAGGAAGGAUCGAAGAAGAAGGCCGAGCAGGACGACGAGGGUGGAUUCCUGGAAGAGCUGCUCAUCAUUCUAAAAGAACAUAACGAUCCGGACGGGCGCCAGUCGCCGCUGCUGCUGGCGGCGGCGGCGCUCGUACAUGCCCUCUGGCUGGGCCAGUGCGGCUCGGCGCUGACCUACCUGAGCGGCGCCGAGCACUUCUGGUCGGACCUGACGGCGCCGCUGCUUUCGCUGGUGAUGGAUGUGACGUGCUCGCUGUCGUCCGACCUGAACUCGUCGGUGGACCUGACUGGUCAGGAGGAGGCCUCCGAGGAGAAGCAGGACGACGGCGCCAAGCUGCUGCUGGCCUGGCGGGACUGGUGUCUGGUGGCGGCCGCGCCAGGCGAGAUGGUGAAGCUCUCGACGGACAGCCAGCAGCGCCUACUGCUGGACCUGAUGACGGCGCUGGAGAGACAGCUGACCGCCGACGGCCGGCCGCGGCUGGUCAACACCCUCUCGGAGCUGGUCAUGACGCUGGCCGCCCGCUGGCCGGAACGCUGCGCCGAGCGCGCCGUCCAGGAGCGCUGCUGCAGCCUGCUGGAGGCCUGCAGCGCCCGCUUCGAGCAGGUGCACGUGCGGGCCCGCACAGCCGUGCUCACCACCGUGCUGCACACCCUGCAGCAGAGCUCCGGGACCGCCGAGCAGGAGCCGCCACUCUGGCGGCGCUGCCUGUCGCCCGCCUGCCAAACGCUGGAGCUGGCGCUGCGUGAGCACGCGCCCACGCUGCCGGACCAGGUCGGAGAGUAG